AUGAAGCAGGUUCCUGAGGCGCGCUCGUACUACACGCUCGAGGCGCAGGAGGACUACCAGUUCAAGCUGCCCGACCCGCCCCUUCUCGAGGGUGUCAAGACCAAGGAGAAGUCGCUUCUCAAGAUACGCAAGCUGUACGACAUCAUCAGGAAACCCACCCCACACAAAUUUGUGGAAAUCUGCACAAAUUCGCACAAAUCUCCUGGAGACCCCAUUUACUUGACCCCCCCGAUUUCCUCGCUCGAAUUCGCUCAAAUCUGCGCAAAUGCACGCUCAACAGUUGCGAAUUUCGAAGAAAUCUGA